GUUGAGGAGGACCACUCACAUGUUCGGCUCAGCUUUAAACACGACGUAAGCUUCGAAUAAUACGUGUGGAAGAAGAAAAAAAAAAAAACGGUUUCAGAAAAACGGCAAUGUGAUCUAAAGUGACAAACGUUGAAAUGCGCGUGGCGGCGGAGAGGACGACAGGAGGAGUCCGGCUGAGGCAGCUCACCGCCGGCAGGUCUUGACGGCUGCUCCCGCUGACCUGAGACCAGCCAGCACCCAGCUCAGAGUGUCCACAUCGUGUCGGUGAAGCUCCCAAAACGACAAUGGCGAGUCAGGGUGACUGCUGUGUGAAGGUGGCGCUGAGGAUUCGUCCUCAGAUGGCCAACGAGAAGAUAGAAGGCUGUCAUGUGUGUACACUGGUCACACCUGGAGAACCACAAGUCCUUCUGGGAAAGGACAAGGCCUUCACCUAUGACUUUGUGUUUGACAUAGACUCUGAGCAAUGCCAAAUUUACCAGACCUGUGUGGACAAGCUCAUCGAGGGAUGCUUUGAAGGCUACAACGCCACUGUGUUUGCUUAUGGUCAGACGGGUUCAGGGAAGACCUACACUAUGGGGACGGGCUUUGAUGUGAGUCUGAGUCAGCAGGAGCAGGGCAUCAUUCCACGUGCUGUUCACCAGCUGUUUGAGGGAAUCCAGAGCAGGAAGCUGUGCGCGCAGGAGGCCGGCAUUCAACCACCUGAAUUUAAAGUCAGCGCCCAAUUCCUAGAGUUGUAUAAUGAAGAAAUCCUAGACUUGUUUGAUGGAGCCAGGGAUCCAGACAGUCGAAGCAGGAAGUCCACCAUUAAGAUCCAUGAGGAUGCCAGCGGUAGCAUCUACACCACGGGAGUCACCUCCAGAUUGGUGCAGUCGGAGGCGGAGCUGCUGCAGUGUCUUAAGCUUGGAGCUCUGUCCCGAACCACCGCCAGCACCCAGAUGAAUGCCCAAAGUUCUCGCUCCCAUGCCAUUUUCACCAUCCACCUGUGUCAGAUGAGAGUGUGCCAACAGCCUCAAAUGAAUGGAGGAGGAGAGAAUGGGGAGGUAAAUGGUGCAGUAUCCAGCUCCAUCUCCCAGCCGGAAUAUGAGACUCUCAUGGCCAAGUUCCACUUUGUGGACCUGGCUGGCUCAGAGAGGCUCAAACGCACGGGGGCCACCGGAGACAGGGCCCGUGAGGGAAUCUCCAUUAACUGUGGACUGCUGGCCCUGGGAAAUGUAAUCAGUGCUUUAGGGGACCAGACUAAGAAGGGAGGACACGUGCCCUACAGGGACUCCAAACUAACUCGUCUGCUGCAGGAUUCGCUAGGAGGGAACAGUCGUACAAUGAUGAUCGCCUGUGUCAGUCCUUCAGACCGUGACUUUAUGGAGACACUAAACACACUGAAGUAUGCUAACCGUGCCCGAAACAUCAAGAACAAAGUGGUGGUUAACCAAGACAAGACGAGCCAGCAGAUCAGUGCCCUGCGUGCGGAGAUAGCCCGACUUCAAAUGGAACUGAUGGAGUAUAAAGCGGGGAAGCGUGUGGCAUGUGAAGAUGGCUCAGAAGGUUACAGUGACCUGUACCAGGAGAAUGCCAUGCUACAAAGAGAAAAUGACACGCUGCGCCUUCGGGUGAAGGCCAUGCAGGAGACUAUUGAUCACCUUAAUACACGUGUAACACAUCUACUGGCCAAUGAGGUCAGCACACAGCUCACCAAGUCAAGUGAGGGCAAUGAGGAGAUUGGGACACUAAUCCAGAACUACAUCAGAGAAGUUGAAGAGCUUAGAUCCAAACUUCUUGAAAGUGAGGCAAUGAAUGAAUCCUUACGUCGGCAGGCAUCCCGCCUUUCCUCUCGUUCCACAUUUUCAGCCAACUCUCUUAGCUCUGCCCCCGGCCACCCACCUGGCUCGUCUCCUGCUCCCAUGUCCAUGGAGGCUGAGAUGACCGAUGUGAUUCGCCGAGCUAAGCUUGACAUUGAGAGGUUGAAGAAGAAAGAGAGAAGGCAGAGGAGGAUGAGUCCAGAGCUGGAGAAAGGACUGAAGAAACGAGUGAAAUUGCACACUCAUGAGAAUGGAGAGAGUGGGCAGUGUGGGGAAAAUGGACAGAAUGGAGAAAUUGAUUCAGAUGACAACUACACUGAGGACAUUAUGUCUCCGCUGCAGGAGGAGAGUGGCUGUGAUGAAGCUGAGGAUGAGGAGGGGAGGGAGGAUGAUGAUGAUGAAUUUGAAAGUGAUGAGAGCUUGGUUGAUUCAGACUCGGACUUGGAUGAAAAAGCCAACUUCCAGGCGGACCUGGCUGACCUGACCUGUGAGAUUGAAAUCAAGCAGAAGCUGAUAGAUGAGCUGGAGAACAGCCAGCGGAGGUUGAUGAUGCUGAAGCUGCAGUACGAAGAGAAGCUUAUUCUGCUGCAGAACAAGAUCAGAGACACACAGCUGGAGAGAGACCGUGUGCUGCAGAACCUCAUGUCCAUGGAGAACUACACAGAGGAAAAGGCAAACCGGAUCAAGCAGGAGUACGAGAAACGCCUUAAGGAGAUGAACCGUGACCUGAUAAAGUUACAAACGGCACAAAAGGAACAUGCACGUCUCCUGAAAAACCAAGGAAAGUAUGAGCGGGAGCUGAAGAAACUCCAGGCUGAGGUCAAUGAAAUGAAAAAAGCCAAGGUUGCGCUGAUGAAGCAGAUGAAAGAGGAGCAGCAGAGGAGGAGAAUGGUGGAGGCCAAGAGGAACCGUGAGAUUGCCCAGCUCAAGAAGGAGCAGCGACGACAAGAGUACCAAAUACGUGCACUGGAGUCUCAGAAGCGACAGCAGGAGUUGGUGCUGCGCAGGAAAACACAGGAGGUGACUGCCCUGCGGCGUUUGGCCAAGCCCAUGUCAGACCGUGUUGGUGGGCGAGUGGCCCGCUGGAACCAGCCUCCCUCAGUCACAGACUCAGGAGCCGAGUUUUCGGCCAGCACGGCAAGCAGCUCUGAACCCGAGGCUGUGCGAAGUGUGAGUGGGUUGGUGCGCCAAUGGAACAACAAGAAUAACAUAUAUGGCUAUCUGGCAGAGAGCGAGGGGAACAUGGAUGGAACAGGGCUCAUUGGCAGUAGAAAAAAGAUGCAGCGUAAACCAGGAGGCCUGGGCAACAUUGCAACAGCGGGCAGAGCCAGCAGCUUCUCAAAGUCUGCCCGUCAGAAGUGGCAAAGCCUCGAGCAGCGCAUUCUGGAUAUUGUCAUGCAGAGAAUGACUAUCUCGAAUGUGGAGGCUGACAUGGAUCGCCUUAUCAAGAAACGAGAGGAGCUGACGGCCCAGCAGGAAGCACUCUCACAUAAGAGGGAGGUACUAAUGGCAGAAGGGGAAGGACCAGAGGCAGAGGAUCGUCUGCUUCAGGAAAUCAAUGAGGACAUUGAGGUGCUGAAUGCAAAUAUAGACUACAUCAAUGACAGUCUGUCUGACUGCCAAGCCACCAUCGUACAGAUCGAGGAGACCAAGGAUGAGUUGGACUCUGUGGACACCUCAGUGGUGAUCAGCUCCUGCUCUCUAUCUGAAGCUCGACACCUGCUGGAUCACUUCUUAAAGGCUUCCAUUGAGAAGAGCUUACAGAUGGCACAGAAAGAGGCCCAGAUCAGACUACUGGAGGGUCAGCUGAGACAGACAGAUGUGAUUGGAUCAUCCCACAAUCAUAUGAUCCUUGAUGCCCUACGAGAAAAAGCAGAAUACAUCCCUGAGCUGCAAGCACUUAUUCUUAAUGUUCAGCAAGAAAACGGUUACGCCAGCACAGAUGAGGAGCCAUCUGAGUUCAGCCAAGCCUCUGAUAGCAGUGUAUCGCAAAUGAAAGAAUCUAACAGCCAAGAUGACUUCAAGAUGAAGAUGGAGCCUCGCUUGUCGAGUCAGAUGAAGGCGGUGUCUGCGGAAUAUCUAGGUCCUGUCCUGGACCCCUCAUCUAGUGCCAAGCAGCCGCACAUCACCAAGUCUCUGGCCUCUCUGACAGACAUCCAGGAGGAUGGCCUUAGCCUCGGCACAGGGAGUCUGGGAAUUAGCCAGUCCCUCCGAGACCAUUUCCACAGGGACCGGGUGUCUCGCACGAUCAGCCUGCCUGUCAGGGGACACACAUUUCCCAGACAGUCUCGGGGUUUCGACACCUCCCCCCUAACCAGAAGGAAAUCUUACGAUCGUGCGUACAGGCCCACUGAGGGUUAUACCCCCCCUUCCUCUCCCCCGCUGAGGACCAGAAAUGAUCGCAACGUCUUUUCAAGGCUCACCAGCAACCAAGCACAGGGUUCUGCACUUGACAAGUCUGAUGACAGCGACUCCUCGCUCUCCGAGGUGCUCAGGGGUGUGAUCAAUCCAAUUGGGGGAGUGAAAGGGGGACGGACUGCGCCCCUGCAGUGUGUGUCAGUAGCUGAGGGACAUUCAAAGCCUGUCCUGUGUGUGGACGCGACAGAUGAGCUGCUGUUCACUGGCUCUAAAGAUCGCACCUGCAAGAUGUGGAACCUGGUUACAGGUCAGGAGAUUGCCACCUUGAAAGGUCACCCCAACAAUGUGGUGUCUGUCAAAUACUGCCCGUCGUCCUGUCUUGUCUUCUCUGUCUCCACCUCUUACAUCAAAGUCUGGGACAUUCGUGAUUCCGCCAAGUGUGUCCGCACGCUCACCUCUUCAGGUCAGGUGGUUUCAGGUGAUGCGUGUGCAGGAACCACCACUCGAACAAUAACCUUUGCACAGGGUGAGUGUCAGAUCAACCAGAUAGCCCUCAACCCGUCAGGAUCUGUGUUGUACGCCGCUGCUGGAAACUCGGUCCGCAUCUGGGACCUCAAUAGGAUGCUGGCAAUGGGAAAACUGACAGGCCACAUCGGCUCCGUUAUGUGUCUGACAGUGGGACAGUCUCUGCUGAGUAAAGACCAAGUAAUCACUGGCUCCAAAGACCAUUAUGUAAAGGUGUUUGACGUGGCUGAGGGCAUGCUGGGUAAUGUGGGACCAGCGCAUAACUUUGAGCCACCUCAUUAUGAUGGCAUCGAGUGUUUGGCUGUACAGGGUGGUGUGCUGUUCAGUGGAUCAAGAGACAAUGGCAUCAAGAAAUGGGACCUAGAACAUCAGGAGCUCACUCAGCAAAUUCCGAACGCCCAUAAGGACUGGGUGUGUGCCCUGGCGUACGUUCCGGGUCGGCCCAUGCUGCUCAGCGGCUGUCGUGGCGGCAUGUUGAAAGUGUGGAAUGUGGACAACUUUACCCCUAUUGGAGAAGUCAGAGGUCAUGAAAGUCCCAUCAACGCCAUAUGUACAAACUCAAGACAGAUCUUCACUGCAUCUAGUGAUUGCAGGGUGAAGUUGUGGAGCUAUGUGCCAGGCUUAACCCCAUGUCUGCCUCGACGGGUCCUGGCCAUCAAGGGCCGAGCCACCAGCCUCCCAUGAAUGCCUCUGCUCCGCUCUCCGACCCUCCCCUCCUCCGUGACAUGAAAGUGAAGAUCUGGCUGUCUAAAGUGUGGAGGAAGAGGUGACAACAGACAUAAUGGCAUUCCUUAAGCUGGAAAACCUACUGCAACUUCAGUCACUGAUCUGUGACCUCCUCACUUCCUGCAGUGAGAUGUAACGCUGAAAUCACAGCUUCCAAGGCAAUCAGGCUGUUUCUUAGUCGCGUUGCAAAAUGACAAAGCAGAGGUGGAAGAAGAUGUUUUCAGAGGCAAGGCUAUUUGUCUUUCAGUUUCUUUUUUCCUUAACUGCCAAUUUUAAAAGUGCCAUUCAGGUGUGAUGCUGUUUGGACAAGAUAAAUCACAUUUUGGCAGCCAUGGAUGCACCAAGCAGAACAAUUCUCUGCUGACAUGAAAACUACUGUAAAAGUAGUAAAAGAAGAAAAGUGUCCUUCUGUUCUUAGUUCCUGUGCAACAGGAAUGAUAGCAGAAUCUUUGUGGGUGAACUGUGUUUUCUCAGAGAAAUAUACGAGGUCUAUUAGAAAAGUAU